AUGACUACGCCAGUCCGGCGGGGGUCGUUUGAAUCCAACCAUAUGACACAACCAAACUCUCAUGAUCCUGAAAAGGAUGGCUCUCCAACCCUGACGCAUGCACCGACGGUGUCAGAUACGGAAGAGCAUUACAAUGAGAAGGCAAGGCAGCCUCAGUUGAAUCUUCACGUACCACGGGAAAGCAUGGAUCAGGCAUCCACGGAAGCGCGCUCACCUAGCCAGUAUCUGUCUCCAAGCACAGACGGGCGCGACAGAGAGCAAGCUACGCGUUUGGUGGACGAUUUAGAGAUGCUCCGAAUCCAGCAGAUGGUUAGCAACCAAGAAGAUAACCUUCGGAGAUCUAUCUCUAAGGUCCGGUCCAGGCAAGAGCCAGUGGGCGAAGAUGUGUUUAAUCAACCUACGCCAGGCAUCACCCUUGGACCCCCAAUAGAACCUCCGAGCAAGGCCAACAAAGUAUUCGUGUACCUGAAGAAGUUGCCCAAAGUUGCUCGCUACUUCUUAUAUCUAAUCCCGAUCACGUUGAUUCUUCUCAUUCCCAUUUUUCUGGGCAUUUUCUUGGAUCCUCAACACCAGGCAGCCAUUGGAGGCACUGGAGGCACGCAACUUCUGUGGUUCGGAAUCUGGCUGGAAGUUGUAUGGCUAUCAUUAUGGGCAGCUCGCAUUCUCACAGCCAUUCUCCCAUAUGUCGCAAGAUUCGGCGCCAAAGCCGUCGGUUCCGGGAACCCGAAGAAAUGGAAGGCCAUGGGACAUUCGUUGGAACUUCCUUCAGCUCUCUUCUUAUGGAUGCUCGCCGUUCUUAUCUCGUUCCUACCCAUUGUUAAUGACAGUGGCCACAAGGUUUCAGCUGGAGGAACUGAUCCCUUCCCCGAAGUAGGCUGGAUCGGAACGCUUCACAAGAUUAUCAUCGCGAUUUUCAUCUUCUCUGCUCUCAACUGGGUUGAAAAGAUUUUGAUUCAAUGGAUUGCAAAUUCUUUUCAUCUCCGAACCUACGCCAUCAGAAUCGAGUCGAACAAGCAGUACAUCGCAUACUUGGUUCAUCUAUACGUUCACAGUAAAGACAGACUGGUUUCCGAAGAGUCCGUUAAAAAUACCCCUAGCUAUGGAGCUUCUGGUACUCGUACACCAAUGAAGCUAUUUCAGAACAAUGCCCGCCAAGCCAUCAACAAAGUUGGAGACGUUGCCGGCCGUGUUGUCGGUGACUUCACCGGUACGGAGGUUCUUCUCAGCAACCAUCCCCGUAAGGUUGUUACCGAAUUACUUCGAAACACGGCCUCUGCUCAAGUACUAGCCCGACGCUUAUUUCGUACCUACGCAAAGCCCGAUGCCGAUGUGUUGCUACCUGAAGACUUGAAUCCUGCGUUUCCCACACCAGAGGAUGCUGAGAGUGCUUUCGGAAUAUUUGAUCGUGACCUCAACGGCGACGUCUCGAUGGAAGAAUUGGAGGCGUUUUGUGACGAAGUCCACCGCGAGAAGAAGGCCAUUGCGGCUUCCGUCAAAGAUGUAGACUCUGUUAUUAGAAGGCUGGAUCAAGUUUUCGUGGUUGUAGUCAUCAUCAUCACCAUCAUCGUUUUCAUCUCCUUGAUCUCGGCGUCUGCUGCGGCGGCGUUAACAUCUGCUGGCACAGUCAUUCUCGGUCUGAGUUGGCUGCUCCAGGCCACUGCUCAGGAAUUUCUGCAAUCCAUCAUCUUCGUAUUCGUAAAGCACCCUUUCGAUGUCGGAGACCGUGUGACAGUCUAUGGUAACACUGGAACCACUGGAACGGGCGACGAUUAUUACGUCACGGCGAUCUCUCUACUCUACACCGAAUUCAAGAAAAUGGAGGGUCACAUUGUGCAAGCACCUAACUCGGUCUUAAACACAUUAUUCAUCCUCAACCACCAACGCUCUGGCCAACUCGCCGAUGUGUUUGAAUUAAGAAUGAAGCACGGCACACCCAAGGAGCACAUUGAAGAACUUCAGGCAAGGAUGACAGAAUAUGUCCUCGAGCAUAGACGCGACUUUACUGGCAAGAUCCUUACAGAGAUGAAGAAGAUUGAAGACGCCUACUGCAUCACUGUCAACUUUAUCUGCUUCCACAAAUCAAGUUUCCAAAACGAGUUACUCCGUCUUGUUCGUCAUAACAAGUUUGGCCUCGAGCUGAUGACUCAGAUGACGAAGAUUGGAAUCGAACAACCCAGACGCCAGUACCAAAUUGCAGGUCGUGACUUCCCUGUCUACCAGACAAACAUUCAGCCGCCAGCCUACGACGCCGGUCAUGCCCCUGUUGAUACAUCACAACUAUCAGCCUCGCGGCGCGCACGCUCCAGUUCUCGAGUUUCAGCAAACGACCAAGACUUCUUCCAGGAUGUUUUCGUCAGCCGGAAGCUUAACCACCCUACUUUCGUCCACCAGCCUCGCAUUGCCGAGGAGACAUCCUCGGCGGAAGCUAGUGGCGCAAACGGCAAUCUCGAGAGGACUGCCAGUCUGGCUUCAGGAAGUCAACGUGCUCCACAUGGUCAUAGACUUUUCGGUCGGUCUAUGACCAUGCGCAGCAACGCGGAGAGCAGACGUUCUAGAGACAUGGUAUAA